AUGUUGACAUGUAAUAAAGCGGGCAGCAGGAUGGUGGUGGAUGCGGCCAACUCCAAUGGGCCUUUCCAGCCCGUGGCCCUUCUCCAUAUUCGAGAUGUUCCUCCUGCUGAUCAAGAGAAGCUUUUUAUCCAGAAGUUACGUCAGUGUUGUGUCCUCUUUGACUUUGUUUCCGAUCCACUAAGUGACCUAAAGUGGAAGGAAGUAAAACGAGCUGCUUUAAGUGAAAUGGUAGAAUAUAUCACCCAUAAUCGGAAUGUGAUCACAGAGCCUAUUUACCCAGAAGUAGUCCAUAUGUUUGCAGUUAACAUGUUUCGAACAUUACCACCUUCCUCCAACCCUACGGGAGCAGAAUUUGACCCGGAGGAAGACGAGCCAACGUUAGAAGCAGCCUGGCCUCACCUGCAGCUUGUUUAUGAAUUUUUCUUAAGAUUUUUAGAGUCUCCAGAUUUCCAACCUAAUAUAGCGAAGAAAUAUAUUGAUCAGAAGUUUGUAUUGCAGCUUUUAGAGCUCUUUGACAGUGAAGAUCCUCGCGAGAGAGAUUUUCUUAAAACUACCCUUCACCGAAUCUAUGGAAAAUUCUUAGGCUUAAGAGCUUACAUCAGAAAACAGAUAAAUAAUAUAUUUUAUAGAUUUAUUUAUGAAACAGAGCAUCACAAUGGCAUAGCAGAAUUACUGGAAAUACUGGGAAGUAUAAUUAAUGGAUUUGCCUUACCACUAAAAGAAGAGCACAAGAUUUUCUUACUGAAGGUGUUAUUACCUUUGCACAAAGUGAAGUCUCUGAGCGUCUACCAUCCUCAGCUGGCAUACUGUGUAGUGCAGUUUUUAGAAAAGGACAGCACCCUCACUGAACCGGUGGUGAUGGCACUUCUCAAGUACUGGCCAAAGACUCACAGCCCAAAAGAAGUCAUGUUCCUAAAUGAACUAGAAGAGAUUCUAGACGUCAUUGAACCAUCAGAGUUUGUGAAGAUCAUGGAGCCUCUCUUCCGGCAGUUAGCCAAGUGUGUCUCCAGUCCCCACUUUCAGGUGGCAGAGCGAGCGCUGUAUUACUGGAAUAACGAGUACAUCAUGAGUCUCAUCAGUGACAAUGCAGCAAAGAUUCUGCCCAUCAUGUUUCCAUCCUUGUACCGCAACUCAAAGACCCACUGGAACAAGACAAUACACGGCUUGAUAUACAACGCGCUGAAACUCUUCAUGGAGAUGAACCAAAAACUAUUUGAUGACUGCACCCAGCAGUUUAAAGCAGAGAAACUGAAAGAGAAGCUAAAAAUGAAAGAACGAGAAGAAGCAUGGGUUAAAAUAGAAAACCUAGCCAAAGCAAACCCCCAGUACGCAGUGUGUAGUCAAGCGAGCACCAUGAGCCUUCCGGUGGCAGUGGAGACAGAUGGGCCUUUAUUUGAAGAUGUGCAGAUGCUGAGAAAGACAGUGAACGAAGAGGCUCGCCAGGCACAGAAGGACCUGAAGAAAGACCGGACCCUGGUGCGCCGCAAGUCCGAGCUGCCCCAGGACCUGCACACCAAGAGCGCCCUGGAGGCCCACGGCCGUGCUGACGAGCUGGUCCCCCAGGACGGGCGCUAG